GAGCUACGUGCUGCAGCAGUGGCACCCGUCCUUGUCAUUACUGCUCUUGCUCUUCUGUUUAUCAUUGCGAGAUGGGCUACUAGGGUCUAUAUCCUUCAUCAUGUCGGCCCUGAAGAUUUCAUCCUAACCGCGUCUAUGCUGGUGAGCAUCGGGAUGACUGCAGUCAUCACUGCUCGAACGAAGAAGUCAAGUUCGGCGUCGCUGAUAUCGAGCAUGCAAUCCGUCCCAUCACUGCAAAGGUACCUGCUCAUCAGUUCCAACAUUCUCUACCAUGCUACUGUCAACCUGACCAAGACCUCUAUCGUGACCCAGUACUGCCGUAUCUUUUGGGGCUGCCCGAUUGUCCAAGGUUGGUGUUACGCACUCUAUGGUCUCCUGACCCUCGCAGCCCUAUGGGGAAUUGCAGGUGGUGGAACUGUGUGUGUUCCCAUUGCAAAGUACUGGUCCAUGGACAUUGAAGGCACGUGCAUGUCGUUCAAUGUGUACUGGCUCACCUCCGCGGGCGUGAACCUACUCGCUGACCUCAUCAUCUGGAUUCUCCCCAUGCCGGUUGUGAAGCAGUUGCAGUUGCCGAAGAGGCAGAUGAACACCGUCCUAGUGAUCUUCGGCCUUGGCGGAACCGUCUGUGUUGUCGCGACACUCAGGCUCACGCUCGUUCAAGCUUUUUCAGGCCGGAAGGAAGGAACCAAUGCUGGCGUCGCUGCUGUUGUCUGGUCUGCCGUAGAGGCAAAUGUUGGUAUCAUAUGCGCAAGCCUGAUCUCCCUGAAGCCACUUGUGCAGCGGUUCUUCCCGCGCCUGUUGUUGAAGCGCCCUAGGGUUGCC